AGCAAUAAAGUGUACUGAUUUCCACCAGCCUUUGAAUUUUGGGGGUUAGGGGUUCUGCGCUACUAAUUCUUCACAAAGCAGUUCCUCAAGUGUCAGUGUUAUUUGACUUUGAACACCUGCACUGAAAUCAUAUCGAGAAAAGAGAGGACAUAAAGCAAUCUCAAGACCUGGUAAUACUGGUGAGAUCUCAUUUCUUUUUAAAUUGGUUCAGAAUAUACAAAAAGGAGAAUUCAACUGAGGUUUUUGAGUUUAAUUAAUUUUAUUCCAUUUUUUACAGUGAACAAAUUUCAUCUAUACAUAUUUAGGAGCAUAGUGAUAAUUCCAUUCCUGAGAACUGUGGUUUUUCUACAUAAUGCUUGUUGAGUUCUUUAUUUAAUGGAGGAUUAAACUUGUGAUUAUAAAGUAAAUGGAAAGAAUGUCAUUGCAAAGAUGAUAAUGACACUUAUCUAUACAUGACCAGGAGGUAAAGUAACUUUGAAUAAGAAAAUAUGAAGGCAAUGGUUUCAAAAGAAAGUGAGGCUUUACCCUACUUGAAUACUCAGAAAGCAGGGCCGUGGGGAUCCAUCCUUGAGAGGUAGCUUGGUUUAAAGGGAUAUGAUUCCUCUAGGAUCCUGCAGUAUGGAUAGCAGAGAAACAGUUCCAAGUCUUGUCAAGGCUGUUUCUUCUAGAUGGAAGUCAAAAAACUUCAAUAACGAUUGCCAAAAAGUGCUACACUUUGAUCUCCCUUUAAUUGCAAGUCUUUCUUAGUAGAGGAUAAUAUACAUAUGUGUGUGUUUGAAUAUUAUAUAUAUAUAUAUACAUAUAUAAAAUUAUUCAGGAAAACCAAAGGGGAAUGGACAUUUAAAACAGGAAGUGUGCUUAAGUCUGCAUUUGAAUUAUUAAAUUACUAUUACUGCUUUUAUUAAUGUCAUCAUUAUUUUAUAAUGCCCAAGAGAAGGUAUUCCUGUACUGACUACUUUAGCAAUACUAGGGAAGCCUUGAGAAAUUUGAGCUUGAAGAUGGAGAAAUCACCCAAGAUGGCACUUCUCAUGCUUUCAAAUCAAACUGAUCUUGAAUUGUCUCCUGAAAUUUCUUCAAUAUUUUAUCUUCUUUUAGAACUGCCUUACUAUCAAGGUCUUAUGGCUAUUUCGAGCCAGCAGAAGUGAUUUAAUUUCAUGGUAGAACUCACAACUGAUAUAAUGGGUGAUAGUAAAAUUACAACUCUAUUAUUUUCUAAAUAGGAUAAAAGAAGUUCCAUGAAGUUAAAGGACUCACCAAGAAUUCCAGUAUUAUUAUUUCAGACUCAGAUUUGUAUAAUCUUUUGUCUUGUUUCUACUCUACCACAUGACCUUUUGACUAUAAGGCUAACCUGAGAGAGGUGUGGGGCAUAAAUUCAUUUGUACAAAGAUCUGAGUUUCAUAAAAAGGAGAAUUUGCAAAUAUUACGCAGUCUCCUUUACUUUGGUACUCAUCUGUGAAUUUGAUGCUUGGUCAUGGUAGUUUACGGGGCUUGUUUUCACUUCCAGCUCAAGAAUAUUUCAAGAUAUGUAAUUGUUACCAUAUUUCCAAAAGCAGAAGUUGACAAAACAAGAACAAAGCAAAUUUUAGAAGCAAGUGAAUAAAACUUCAUCAAAGGUAAGUGAAGACAGUCACUUGGUAACAUGAGAAUAUUUACGCUAUCUCUUUGGAGUUCACUUCCUCAUCUGAAAUGAGUGAAAGCAAUUCUCUAUUAAGGCAAAAAGACAAAAAUAGGUUUACUUCAAUUUCUUUAAGUAUGCAAGUUAAUCAGCAGUCAUCACCUGUUAUCCCAUUAUUAGUUAUUGCUAACAUCCACGGGUUAUGAGUUAGAAAUGGAUGCUGUGAGUAAUUUAAAUGUUUCUUUCAGGUAAUUUUAAGUGCCUCUUGGGAACUUGGCCUUGUGGACUCAUUCCAUGGAAAAAAUAAACAAUGUCAGUGAGUUCAUUUUCUGGGGACUUUCUCAGGACCCAGAAGUUGAAGAAGUUUGUUUUGUGGUGUUUUCUUUCUUCUACACCAUCAUUCUACUGGGAAACCUCCUCAUCAUGAUGACAGUUUGCCUGGGCCGCCUGCUCAAGUCUCCUAUGUAUUUCUUUCUCAACUACUUGUCUUUUGUGGAUAUUUGUUACUCUUCAAUUACUUCUCCCAAGAUGAUUGCUGACUUGUUAGCAGAGAAAAAAGCUAUCUCCUAUGUGGGGUGCAUGUUGCAACUCUUUGGGGUGCAUUUCUUUGGGUGCACUGAGAUCUUCAUUCUUACUGUGAUGGCCUAUGACCGUUAUGUGGCUAUCUGUAAACCACUGCACUACAUGACCAUCAUGGACCGGGAGAGAUGCAAUAAAAUGUUGCUGGGGACAUGGGUGGGUGGGUUUGUACACUCCAUUAUUCAAGUGGCUCUGGUAGUGCAAUUACCCUUUUGUGGACCCAAUGAGAUUGACCACUACUUUUGUGAUGUCCACCCUGUGUUGAAGCUUGCCUGCACAGAUACCUACACUGUUGGUGUUGUUGUGACAGCUAACAGUGGCACUAUUGCUCUGGGAAGCUUUGUUAUCUUGCUGAUCUCCUAUACUGUCAUCCUGGUGUCCCUGAGAAAGCAGUCAGCAGAGGGCAGGCGCAAGGCUCUCUCUACCUGUGGCUCCCACAUUGCUGUGGUCAUCAUCUUCUUUGGUCCCUGCACUUUUAUGUAUAUGCGGCCUGACACCACCUUCUCAGAGGAUAAGAUGGUGGCUGUAUUUUACACCAUUAUCACCCCCAUGUUAAAUCCCCUGAUUUAUACACUGAGAAAUGCAGAAGUAAAGACUGCAAUGAAGAAAUUGUGGAGAAGAAGGAUUUUCUUGGAGGCUAACAGCAAAUAGUUUAAAAUAAUAAUUUAAGCUGGAUAACCUGAUAUUUUCUCAGCCUUGGUUGACUCAUCUGUAUGGUGAAGAUAAUAAAAACAAAAAACUAAUAAGAUUCAUGAGAAUUUCAGAGAACAGCAUAGUCUAAGGCAGAAAGAGUAUUAUUUUCAUUUUCAACUCAAUAUUUCUUUUUUUAAUAUUUAUUUAUUUGCUUGAAAGGCAGAGUCACAGAGAAGCAGAAGCGAGAAAAAGAGAAAGAGAAAGAGAAAAAAUUCCUCCACCCACUGGUUCACUGCUCUGAUGGCUGCAAGGGCCAGAGCUGAGCCAAUCUGGAGCCAGGAUCCAGGAGCUUCUUCCGGGUCCCCCACAAGGGUGCAGGGGCCCAAGGCCUUGGGCCAUCUGCUACUGCUUUCUCAGGCUAUAGCAGAGAGCUGGAUUGGAAGUGGAGAAGCUGGGAUUCGAUCUGGCUGCCCCUAUGGGAUGCAAGCACUGCAGGCUGCGGUUUAUCUGCUACACCACUGCGCCAGGCCCUCACCUUAAUAUUACAUAAGGACUAAAAAAAUCCUGAAAUAUAUAUGGCUGAGAAAUCUUGGUAAAUCAGAAUCUCAUCACAUUCACUCAGCAUUAUUAUGUUUCAUCCUCCUCUUUUGCCAUUUUCUUUAAAGAUUAAGAGUUCACUACAGAGAACUUCAGAUUAUUUCUUGGAUUUAGAACUCUGACUGGAACAUAUUGAGCCAUCCACGUGUUUAAAUCGUGCAAAUGAUAGAAUACAUGAAAAACAACUUUUCUGAUCUCAUGCAUUCUGGUAUAAGUCAACCAAACACAGUCGCAGUGAAAAUGUAGCCUAGCAAGCUACAAAUGGAAGCUGAGAUGCAUACAAAUGUGAAAAAGAUAAAACACAAGCUUAAAAGAUAAAUAAUCGUUUUCAUCCUCUAAUCUUGGCAAAAGCUUUUCCUUAGUACACAUUUUCUUUACCAAAACAAUAAAGAAAUUUGACUGAUUAAUUUCUCUAUGCUCCCCCUUUUCAAUGGUAAUAUCCCAUUAAAAUCUUCUUGUUCUAGACAAACAUUUCAUUCCUCUAUUAACUCAGUUUGUCUUGAUGAUACAUUUUUCUUUCACCAGAAACCAUAUGUUUCUGUAUUCUCUGAC